CUGUUCACAGACGUCACCACCACCAGAGAGGCUGGAGCAGGCAACCGUGACUCGGUUGACACAUACACAAUAUACACACACGCAGAUGCACAGAUACAGAAGAUCAGCAGCGCUGGAGCAAGCCAUGCCAUAAUAACACGGCAACAAAACGGGGACAGUAAAGCCGCCGCACUGCGAAGCGGAGGAGGUCUGCUGCAGCUGUUCAGUAAUGUCCACCGUGAAGCCCUGAAGAGAAAAUGAAGCGCAAGAGCGAGAGAAGACGAGCCGAGUCGAGGAAAAAGCGCUGUGCAGCCCACAACAGCUCAGAGGCGGAGCUAAAUUCUGAUAUUUACAUUGAGAUAACAGAUCAACUAUAUUUCGCCAUACUUCAGCAGAAGAUCAAGAGCACAGCUGAAAGACAUUGUUUCUGCAUAGACGAAGAGCUGGCCUAUGAGAACUUCUAUGCGGACUUUGGUCCCCUUAACCUGGCUAUGUUUUAUCGCUUCUGUUGCAAGCUGACAAAGAAGCUCAAGUCCAUUACACUCUCAAGGAAGAAGAUAAUAUUUUACACCUGUGGAGACCAAAAGAAACAAGCCAAUGCUGCCUACCUAAUAGGCUCAUAUGCUGUAAUGCACCUAAACAUGAUGCCAGAGGAGGCCUACAGUCUGCUGGUGUCAAGGAAUUCAACAUACAUGCCAUUCAGAGAUGCUUCGUUUGGAACCUGCAUGUACAAUCUGAACAUCCUAGAUUGCCUUCGUGCUGUUUAUAAGGCUCUGCAGUACGGCUGGCUGGACUUCUCUAACUUUGAUGUGGAGGAAUAUGAGCACUAUGAGAGGGCAGAAAAUGGAGACUUGAACUGGAUAAUUCCAGGAAAGUUCCUUGCAUUCAGUGGGCCUCAUCCAAAAAGCAAAAUAGAGAAUGGGUAUCCUCUGCACGCUCCUGAGGCCUACAUUCCUUACUUUAGGAACCACAGCAUCACCAGUAUCAUCCGCCUCAACAAAAAGAUGUAUGACGCCAGGCGUUUUACUGAUUCUGGCUUUGAGCAUCAUGACCUUUUCUUUGUGGACGGGAGUACACCGAACGACUCUAUCGUCAGGAAAUUUCUCAACAUCUGUGAGAACUCAGAAGGAGCCAUAGCUGUCCACUGCAAAGCUGGUCUGGGGAGGACCGGCACUCUGAUUGGCUGCUAUAUGAUGAAACAUUACCGCCUGACUGCUGCAGAGGCCAUUGCCUGGAUACGGAUCUGCCGACCAGGGUCCAUCAUUGGGCCUCAGCAGAACUUCGUUGAAGAGAAGCAGAACAGUCUAUGGGCUGAGGGAGAUGUUUUCCGGGAGAAGAUGCUAAAUGAACAAGAGAAUGGCAAGAUGGCUGUAACCAGAAUCCUGUCUGGAGUGGAUGACAUAACCAUCAAUGGGAGCAACAAGAACAGGGCAGCCAAGAAGGAAGAAAUGGAACUGUAUAAUGAUGAAGAGGAGAGAAAUGGCCUUACACAGGGUGAUAAACUGCGAGCCCUGAAGAGCAAGAGGCAGGCCAGAUCAUCUUCAGGUUCACUAUCGCAGGUGGUAGUGUUCUGCUGCAGCCUCAUGGGUACGGUGUGGCCGAUGUGUUGCCUGCCGUUCAAAAAAUAGCAGAGAGGCAGAGAAAGAGUGGGGGAGAGGAAAAACAGAGAGAGGAUGUGAGGUUUUGUAUGAUGGAGGUAAGUGCACGUCACUUCCUUUCUAGCUGACAUCCUCUUCCUGUAGAAAUGGUUGCUAUGCCAGUGACUGGUAUGGCUAACGGUAUGGCUGACUUGAUGUUGUUCUUUUUUUUUUUUUUUUUUCUUUCUUUCUUUGGAUGACUACGGUGUGAAGUGGAUAUGCACUUAAUGGAUGCAUUACAUUGACACGCCUUUCAUUGUCUGCCUCAUAGACACACUGAGCUGUUCUGCUUAUCUGAGAUAUCCUCUGAGUUACAGCAAAGGUCUCAAGUUGAGCCUGCUGUACUUGUUAACAACAGCACCAAUUAUUCAACUAAUCACGGUUUUACAUGAGAUCUGGAUUAGUUGAAUUAAAUGUUUUAGUGCAUGGCUUGCACUACUGACUUGCCACUUAUCGAGAAAAAAAUUCAGUAAGGGAAACUUGGUCCUUGUUGUUUUUUCGGCAGUAGGUAUAUCCUUGUUUGGUAAAGUAGCUAACUUGUCUGCUCAACCCUUAAGUUGUAGGUGUUUUUGGAAAUUGCCAGUAGUAAGUUUGUGUUAGGAUCAUCUUUGACUGAGGUGUUUUAUGAGUUUAAUCAGCGACUUUAAAAGGCAUUGUUGGAAUGAUAAAUUGCUCCUGAUCUGCAUUCUAAUAUAAAGGACUAAAACAUCAUAUGUGAGCUUCGGAGGAGGUAGAGGGAUGAAAAUGGAUUCUUAUAGGUUAUCAGGAGGGAGUUGAGACAGAAGAGAGAUUUGCUUGCACUUCAGGCCAUAUAUGCCUUUAUAAAUGAAUGAGUUGCUAGACAAACAUCUAACAUGCAGCUGAACUUCACCGUCUGGCUCCACUGUUUGUUUUAUUAUGUAAUAUUGAGGUGCAUGUUAAAUUCCAGCAAGAACAACAAUUAUAUGAAAACUUUUCUUCAUCUUUUCUGCCUUUUUCACGCAUGGCAGCAGGCAUGAAACCCUUGGACAUGCACGCAUGGACAUGCCUCUGUGUUCAAUCUGUGUUCGUCUAACGUAAUUAAUGUUGGGCCGGGUUCAUUGUCAAAUGCCUGUUGUUUUUCCAUUGCUUUUUGUGACUGGAUCAGUAAAAAAAACGCAUCUGAGCUUUGUUUACUCCCUCAGAUUUUUUGCUUCUGCCAGGUUUAUUUUUAAAUGGUCUGUUAUUGUGGAACAAAAUUUGAUAAUGGAUACUUUAAUUUUUGUAGGAACUGACCAUUUUUUAUGAUUUUAUCAACUAACAAUUAGAGCUACUGAUUAUAGAUACUGCUUAUUUAUUUAAGAAGAUUUUAUGUCAUCUUAUAGGUACUAUUAGGGUCAUCUCACAAUCAGUAAAGUUUGUUGUCAACUGUAAAAUGACAUACUACAAUGUAUAUUUGUCACAACUCUUAAAUAUCUAAUUUAUCCUUACUGUCAGAAAUGUUUUGUGUAAAUGCAAUAUUUGCCAGUGUGUUAGCUUUUUUUAAUUUCACAAAUAUCAAAAUCUAAUUCAAAACUCCCAUAUCAAUUGGUUUCUAAGUAUAUGGCAAUCUGCUAACACAUCAGAGCAAGUAAAGAAUAAAAAACAAAAACUUGCUGACUGGCAGUGCUGGAUGCAAAACUCUAUGAAAGAUAUUUCAUCUAAUCCAGUCCCAGUGGAAAAGCAGAACAUCAGAGGCUUUGUGUCCUGCCCGGACGUCUCUUGUCUCUCCUUCCUUUUUUUCCCCUUUUUUUCCGUUUGCUCUUGUUGUUGGAUUUGUCCUCC